UCUGUUUGCUUUGCCCCACCCGUAGACUCUAAAGAUAACGUCGAGUCUCCGAAGGUCUCACCUUAUGUUGAGAGAGUUUGUGCAAGUAUGAGAAAAGUAUAGGGAUAUCCCCAUAAAUCGUGAAGAUUUUGAUAGAAUGGUGCCUGAAAAAAAAAGGAAAAUAUAGCAAUGACUCUGCUUGAAAAAAGGAGAGAUUUUUCUGUUGUUUCCGGCACAGACUAACCGCUGUAGGUAGUAGGAACCUUUGUACGAAGCAUCAAUCCGAUAGCGCUGGUGGCCCCGUGCUUAGGGUUUGUUGGUGUGUUGAGCCGAAGUAUGAAGUUUGCACUCUAGUGGUGCAUUAGGAUGGCGUGCGGGUUCUUCAUUGCGGGAGGGAUGCUGGGCAAUUGCUAGUCUAGUUCCUGGACACGCACUUGCGCUAUGGUAAUAAUAUGUUUUUGAAAGGGACGAAGAUCGGUGAUUGCCUAACACUCGGUACUCUGUACUGUACUCGUACCUCCCUCCGUACAGCUCUGGGAUAUAUUGCCCAGACUUCCCCGCUCGACUGGUGGUGGUAGUGAGUCCUGAGUUCUGAGUUCUGGGUUCGAAGUUCAGAGUUCAACUGAAGUCGUUGGUAAAGUACCUGCCAACGGGAGUUCGUACGCGUACGCUACAAUGAUCGAGGUAGAGAUUCAGGUUGAGGGGGAGAAGGAGAGGGAGAGGGAGAGGGAGAAGGAGGACGAGACGGAUGCCAUGGAGCCGCCGGAGCGAGUGUCUUGUCUGCCAACUUAUCGCCCUCAGGAUUUCAAGCUGGUCGAGGUCGACGAGGAAAGUGAGGAGAGAGUGCGAUUGCUGCACAGACUGCCAAACCCCGUGAAUCAACUCCUUCUUGCGCCUCCAGCUGCGAAUAAUCCCAAUAGCCGGAAUCCUCCCCUUACUGGUACCGGUACCCUAUUGCCGCAGACUCAGACUCAGAAUCAGGCUCAGACACAGACUCAAAUACAGGUACAGAUACAGGCACAGGUACAGGCACAAGUGCAGGAUGAGGAGCGUUGCCGGUCUGAUUCGAGCCAAAGCAAAAGCCAGAGCCCGCGCCAGAGCCAGUCAGCGACCACCACACCACCCAAAUCUAGCGAUUUGCUGGUGUUGCCUCAACUAGCAGCACCAGCACCUCUACCUGCCAGCCACGACCGCACCAACCCCAAUACCUGUACCAACCAGACUCAACACCAACACCAAAACCUCCACCUCCACCCCUCUCGUCCUCGUCCUCGUCCCCAUCCGCACCUUCGAACUCACUCAACCCACGCCGAACGAACGAAGAUCGCCCCCCCUGACGCAUUGCAACUUCAGCGCUCGCUCAGCGUCCCUUCUUCCCUGUCGCAAAUCGCGACCGCCGCCAAACCCGCUUUUGCGUCGGCCAGCCAGGUCCUUCCUGGCAGCACCACAAGCAAAGCCAAACCACCCACGAAACAAGCACGGUCGUCACAUCGCAGGAAUAAUGGUCUAGAGAGAGGUCCGCCACCUGCAAUGCUCACGCAAGGUUCCUACAAGCUGGAGAUUGACACUACUUCAACCACCGACGACUGGGUUGCAUCACAACAAAUCACUCCUUCACCAAAACCCCUGACCUCCAAAUCGCAACCACCACCGAGCCCUGCCCAGCCAACAUCUGCGAGGUCCUUCGACAGCGCCGGCUCACGACCCCUGAUUAAGCCCAUUCGCGGCUUCAAACCAUCUUCGCGCAAAAGCUCGGAAAUGGCUUUGCGCCGAUCCUCACAAGAUGCCGAAGGUGCGCUGAGAGCGCUGGAAGGAUACAGACUUUCACGACGGAUUUCCGAUCCAUCAGAUACACUCGCCAGCGACGACAGCGACAUGUUUUUGAGAGCCGCUCGUGAGCAGGAGGAGGAGGAAUCACCAAGACAAGUCAAUGGACGCCGAGAAGCAUUGACUCGGCUGGACAGCAGAAGGGUAAGCGAUACAGGAUGGCCUCGAUUGGAGCCCCAUCAUUCAAUUCAUCCGGUAUGAAUGUACCAGCAAGAAGCUUUGCUAACAUCUCACUCAGCCCUCCCGAAUUGGCCAACGUGCGUCACUGAUGCCACCUAGUCAUCUAUACCAGCCCUCACUAUCUCGCCGCAACGGAUCCGAUCAAGAGUCGACUGUCUCUCGCUCUACGGAAGAACGACCAAGCGGAAAUGGAAGAGUUGGACAAGUUCUUACAUAUCGCCCUUCUGAGAGGUCAGACAGGGAUCGUAUGCCCCCUUCCGCACUAGACGACAUCAACAAGAGUCGAUUCCAUGGAUCAUACAUCCGUUCCAGCCCAACCACACCACGGGCUCCAACGUCUAGAGAGAUGUCUCUGUCUCCAGAAUCACCGGCAUUCCAAGGACGGAGAGGAUCGUACCCCGACCCCGCUUCAGUACUACCAUCACGUCAACCCACAUACCGCCAAUCGAAUUUAUCAUAUGCCGCGCAUCGUAACCAGAGUACCUCACCACUCGUUUCGCGUGUGACAGACACGCAAGAAACACAUGCGACUGAGACAGGUCGUACGGCUGAAGGUACUGAGUCAAGCGUGUCUACCACAGCACCAUCAACGGUGUGGGACGAAUUGGAAGACCUCAAAUCACGCAUAAACCGACUCGAGCUCACACGAAAACUUCCAGCUACAUCUGGUGCUGCUAUGUCUCGUGUGUCCAACGACAGACCGCCAACAGCAACAACUACAGUUACUACAAUGUCCACUUCUCCAAAACAACGAGCUCGUGGUAACAGCGUAUCACCAAUCGAUGGCAAGGGCACAGAGCCUCCUGAAUUGCACCCAUUGUUACACUCCGCACUUGCCAAAUCGAAACCCUUGCUUUCACCGGAAAUUUACAGCGCUUUGGAGGCCACAGCAGCUGAUGCUCUGACCAUUGCUGCAAUGAUGGGCACAUCUGGUCAGCCGGGUCCAAUUUCAAGUGCCCAGUCAACGAUAGAUCGCCCAAUGUCCAAUGUCUCGGAUCGCCAAGUACGACGAAAGGUAGACAGCAUGUGCCGUGGCUUAACAGAGUUGUGUUUGGCUUUGUGUGACGGGAAGCUUGAGGCUUCCUCUCAAAUUACCCUGAGGCCGGGAAGUCGAGAUGCGGAUAUAGUAAUUCCUAGUGUCGAGCAACCCGUCGUUCCACCGAUUAACACAAAUCUGGCAAGAGUAAAGGCCAGUCCGAGAGCUCUCAGUUCCCUGGAGGCUAGGAGGAGUACCCUUCUCAACAUGCCUGCUCUACCAAGUCCAAGAUACACUCCAUCGGAAAGUGGAACUCCAACUCAAGCCAACAUGGCUGGACGACGGAGCUCUUUGUUAGUUAUCCGAAAUCGCCGAGGACAUACCGAGGAACCAGAGGAGAAGGAGGAUAUCCGAAUUCGCGCCCCUUCGAGAGCUUUCACGGACAUGGGUCGCUUCAAGAACCUUCCACCAAGAGAACCUGUUCAGCAGGACCCCCCGCCAGAGAGGGCCCCAACCGUUCAAUCUUGCCUGCCCGUUAGAAGACAUAUAGCAACAUCAAGUCUCACAAAUUCUACACCAACUCCAGCAGCCACCCCAGCUAGCCGAAAAUACCUUGAUCGACCAGCAGCGGAAUUGAACGGCCCUAUCAAUAGAUUAGCGGAGCAGCGAAAAUCGGGGUUUGGCGUUGGGAGAGCCAACAGUCUUAUUAUCAAUCGACGUCUGCGACCAUCAAGCACUAAUGACUCAUCCAUUGUCGGUCAAUAUCAAUGAAUUAAGGGAUGCAGAAUACUACACUUGUAACAACAAAAUCACAUUAUUGGAGUUUGGGGAAAUGUCAAUCUGGGGGAUUGACACAGGAAUUGUCUUUUGUCUUUUAUUUUUGUGUACGGCUCGAUUUUUGCUACACACGGUACUUACUGGAAAAAGGAGCAUUUUCGAGAUACCCCCCAACCAUCCCCUCAAAACAUGGCGCCGAGACGCAGGCAUGCAAAUAAAUAAAAGGGAAAUAUGGAUUUUUUUACACUGGUUUGAUUGUUUUCAGGAGCACAUGGGGGAGCAGUGUGCGGGAGAGGGCAAAAGUGAGAGGAAAAGAAGAGAGAUGGAUAUGAUGGAAUAGAUGAACGGCAAAAGGGGCGGUUCCGAUCCUGAAUGUCGAGAGCUUCGAUGAUGAAUACUGCCUUUUUCAAGAUACUCUCCUUUCUUUACACGGGCGUGGAUUCCUUUUUUUUCCAUUCUUGUUACUUUGCUGCCAACGCGUUCCAUUUGUUCUUUUCAGCCAUGUUUAUAUAUAUUAGCUACUGCUCUACUACUAUUCUUUGGGUAGACAUAUAGGGGCUCUUUUUGUCGCGUCUCUUGCUGGGGUGGAGGUAUUCAAGGAUAUUGAAGGGGUUGGUUGGCAAACUUUACUUGAAAGCUUUGGGAUGAGAGAGGGAGGGGGGAAGAGAGUGUGCGGAUUGGUGUGAAUUGGUGCUAUUGGCGGAGGCGUUUUUUUACAGGGUGGAUGUUCAAGCAUACAGUACAUACUUCUUUUUUUUAGUUUAUAAAUAAUUUCUCUUCUGUGUUUUGAUACA